AUCAAUUACAUAUAUUUAUCUUUGUAAUUUUUAAUUUGUAACGUUUUUCUUAUUAAGUAUUAAGACACAUUUUUAUGGUUUAAUACAAUUCUAGAAUAAAUCAUUUUUCGUUUGUAAAUUCUCAAAUGCCAAUAUAAUAUGAUCGAAUAUGUGUAAUGUGAAUUACGUGUAUAUUGUUUGUAUGCUGGAAUAUAAAAUAUUUUUUUUGUAAUACUGACCAGAGAUGUAGUUUUGAAUAAAUACAUCUGAUACAAAUUGACAAACAAAAAUGAUUUUUAUUGAGCUUAUCUGAUAAAUUUUAUUUCGUAAGAAUGGGUCGGUGAUACUAGUCUAUUCAGAGAUGCACUACGAACGAAUAUUACAUAUAUUAACGCAAUAUAGUAGACCAGUUUUUUUUAAAUCUAACCUAUUAAACAUUGUCAAAUUCGCACGUAGAAAAAUGUCAACAGACACAAGAUCCUUGGAAAGGUCUAAAUCUAUAUUGAAAGAUAUGUAUUUUACUGGUGUCAGAGCUGUUUCACCAAAAAAUCUUAUGUUGAACAAGGUCAAGUUUAAAGAUGGCAUAUUAUAUGCUGGAGACCAAAGUUUUCAACUUAAAGAAAAUGUUUAUCUAGUUGGUUUUGGCAAAGCUGUUAUGGGUAUGGCAGUGAUUCUUGAACAUAUGCUUGGCUAUCAUCUGAAGAAAGGUGUAGUUAGUGUGCCCUCGGCUUCAACGGAGUCAAUGUGGGAAUCUGAAGACAAAUCAUAUUUUCCUUUAAUAGGAACUAGUAUAGUAAAAUAUCGUGAAGGUUCUGUACACAAUCAACCAGAUAACAGGUCCUUAGAGACAACGCAUGAAAUUAUAGAUUUAGUAGAACCUCUCACAGAAAAUGACACUUUAAUUGUGUUAAUAUCUGGUGGUGGUUCUGCGUUGCUUUACAUGCCAAGACCAGUAAUUGAUCACGAGGAUAAAUUGCAUGUUUGUAAAAUGCUUCAAGCUGCCGGAGCUGAUAUAAAAGAGCUUAAUACAGUGAGAAGCAAAUUAUCUAUGGUAAAAGGUGGUGGCUUAGCUCGAAUGGCAUAUCCAGCUACAAUUAUCACCUUUAUAUUAUCUGAUAUUGUAGGUGAUCCUAUAGAGUUAAUUGCUAGUGGUCCAACAGUAUACAACAGUAAAAGACCAAAGGAAGUAAUAGCCAUAUUGAAAAAAUACAAUUUGUUUGAGCAAUUAGAGGGUGAUGUGAAAAAGCUUUUAACAUCUAAAGAAAGAUUUAAUGACAAGAAGUUGCUAACGAAAAAGAAACAAUUCAUGCAUGUGACUAAUAUUAUUUUGGGCAAUAAUACAGUGGCAAUCGAAGCAGCCUCCUUAGAAGCAUAUCAUCACAAGUUAACUCCAAUUAUAUUAAGAUCAGAUGUUGUAGGUGACGUACAUGAUGUUAGUUUAGCAUAUACUCAUGUAACAAGUCUGAUAUGUCUUGCACUGGAUAAAACAUUAGAAAAAGAAGAAUUUUUUGAAAAAGUAAAAGAUAUUCCUGUUCUUUCUUUAUCUGCUGCCAAAGUGGAUGAGAUUUACAACUUAAUUGAUAACGCCAGCGAAGAGGGAGUGAUAUUGAUUGGAGGUGGUGAACCAACAGUGGUGGUUAAAGGGAAAGGAAAAGGUGGUAGAAAUCAAGAAUUAGCGUUACAUUUUUCCCUAGACUGGUUGGCUAAGAUCAAAAGUUAUCCCCGAUUGGCGGAAUAUGAGGUAAUAAUGUUGAGUGCAGGGACCGACGGUCAAGAUGGUCCAACUGAUGCAGCAGGUGCAUUUGGAUAUCCUGCUAUUGGACCUUUGAUUCAUGAUAUAUAUGCAAAAGUAAACUCCAUAAGUUCAAGGGUGAUAGUUAAAGAAGGGCAGAAGAAACAAGCUAUUAGAGAGAAAGAGGAAGAACAAGAGCAACUCAAAAUACAAGAACAACUUAAAGAUCUGUGCAAAGCACAGGAAUUAAGUGGAUUUUUAACAAGUAAAAAAAAAACAACAGAAAAAGAAAAAGCAACAGAAAAAGAAAUUAGUCUCGAUAAAGGUGAAACAGAUGAAAGCGACGAUACACUUCCAUUUAUACUUCGAACAAUGGAAGUAGAACGUAUGUUACCUGAAAAUACUUUAAAAGAGAAUGAUACAUACAAUUUCUAUUCUCGGUUUAAAAAAGGCUCAGAUUUAUUUAAAACUGGUUUUACUGGCACCAAUGUUAUGGAUUUACAUUUUAUUUAUAUAAAGAAACGUAAAUGUGGCUGUAAGAUAGAUUUUGGAAAAGAAGCUUUUGAAAAUGAUUUGGAUAUGCACAAUUUGCACAUUGAUCCUUCAACUAUAGAAAAAUAUAAAAAUUUAUAUAAACGAGAACCUUUUGAUUGGCACAAAUUUCUACGUAAACCAUCGGUUGCGGUAGAUGAAAAGGCUGAUCAACUUAAUAUAAAAAUUAUUGAUGAUAAUUUGACUGAUCCAUGUUGUCGCAGAGAUAGAAAAUUUCCACAUACGGAUCUUUUAAAGGGUAAAGAUUUACCACUAUGAUAUAUUUUGUAAAAAAGUAAAACUUUCUGUAUUAUAUCAAAAAUCUUUUAAAUGUAAAUUAGAGAUUUUAUUUUUUGAAAUUAUUUGUAUACAUCAGA